GUGUCUUUUUUCCUUCAGGUCCAAGGGUUGGAGAAGCAGGUGGAGUUCUCAGACCUGCGCCCAGUGGGGUCUGUGAUGAAGUCUCUCCCCUAUGGCAUAGGAGGAGGCACAAUGGGUGGACCCUCAGGAGGAGUGGUGAAGCCUCCAUACCAAACACGUAUCUUCUCCACCUCCAUCGACCAGACACCUAUGAAAACCAAGCCACCCACCUACAGUUUCUAUAACCCUUACGACCCGGCCCGGAAUCAGUCCCUGCUGCUGGACCAGACAGGAUACCGCUCUAAGCGCAAGCCCUCGCUAAAGACAAACAUGAAGACCAAGAAGAUCUUCGGCUGGGGAGACUUCUACUUCAACGUCAAGACCAUGAAGUUCAGCUUGUUGGUGACAGGGAAGAUCGUGGACCACAUCAACGGCACGUUCACCGUUUACUUCCGCCACAACUCGUCCAGCCUUGGGAACGUGUCGGUCAGCAUUGUGCCGCCCACCAAAGUUGUGGAGUUUGAGGUCCUCCACCACCAGCAGCAGCAGCACCAUCAGCUACACCCUCACACUCAGCAGGAGGUCCAGAUCCGGGAGACCCAGCAGUCCACCGUCAACCACAAAGGGAUAAAGACCUUUAACUGUCGGGUGGAGUACGAGAAGACCAACAGAUCCAAGAAGCCCAAACCCUGCCUGUAUGACCCCUCUCAGACCUGCUUCACGGAGCACACCCAGUCCCACGCCGCCUGGCUUUGUGCCAAACCCUUCAAGGUCAUCUGCAUCUUCAUCUCUUUCCUCAGCAUCGACUACAAGCUGGUGCAAAAAGUGUGUCCGGACUACAACUUCCAAAUUGGAAAAUUCGGUUGAAGACAGCUGGAACAGUGUUAUGCCCUCCGAGUACAAGGGGAGCCUCUGAGGCGGCUGAGCUGUGCCACCACUGUACGGCAGAAGUAAUGUUAUGGUAGACUGACUGUUAAUCAUCCUCUCAGCUCUACUUUCCCUGGAUAUAAGAGUUAUAUGUAUGAGAAAUGCUAUGCUGGAUAUGCAUACAAUAUACUGUAUGAAAAAGCACAUUAAAAUCUCUUAA